ACAAAGAAAAGAAGAGCUUUACUCAAAUUGACUAAGUCUUCUGUUUCUCUACUAAUCCUCUCUCCACGGCAGGUGAUGAUGAUGACAGAACAGGAAGAGAAACAACACCAAAAGGAGGAAUACCUUUGUACUACAAUAAAGGUUGCACGAGAUGAAGAUCUUGGAGAACAGAUUGGGAGGGACAUAUAUUUUGAUCUUGUGGAUCAUGAAAAAGUCAGGAGUUUCCGUGUUCAAAAGCAGACACCUUUCAAUGUUUUUAAGGAGGAGGUUUCAAAAGUGCUUGGAAUACCUGUGCAAUUUCAACGUUUUUGGCUGUGGGCUAAGCGCCAAAACCAUACAUAUCGUCCAGACCGACCAUUGACAAAACUUGAGGAAACAAAAUCUGUUGGAAUGCUAAGGGAGUUUUCACAGCCAGUUCAAAAUGCAGAACUGAAAUUGUUCCUGGAAGUAGAGCUUGGACUGCAUUUACGCCCAAUUGUUCCACCAGAUAAGACUGGGAUAGAUAUUUUGCUUUUCUUCAAGCAUUAUGAUCCCGAGAAAGAAGAGCUACGUUAUGUUGGAAGGCUUUUUGUGAAACGUACUGGAAAGCCAACAGAAAUCUUAUCAAGAUUAAAUGAAAUGGCAGGCUAUGAUCCAGAUGAAGAGAUUGAUCUUUAUGAGGAAAUUAAGUUUGAGCCCACUGUCAUGUGUGCGCCAAUUGACAAGAUAUACACAUUUGGAACUAGUGAGUUAGGAGAUGGUGACAUAAUUUGCUUUCAAAAAUCCCUUCCUGUUGAAAGUGCUGAACAAUUCCGCUAUCCAGAUGUGCCUUCAUUUUUAGACAGUGUGCAUAAUCGCGCAGUUGUACACUUUCGGGCACUGGAAAAACCAAAGGAAGAUGAAUUUUGUGUGGAGAUGUCAAUGCUUGAUACUUAUGAGAACGUUGUUGAAAAAGUAGCUCAGCAACUUGGUUUGGAUGAUCCAUCCAAAAUCAGGCUAACAGCUCACAACUGUUACUCUCAGCUACCCAAGCCUCGGCCUAUUAAGUAUCAUGGUGUGAAUAGUUUAUCUGAUAUGCUGGUUCACUUUGAUAAGUCAUCUGAUAUUUUAUACUACGAAGUAUUAGACAUUCCUCUUCCAGAAUUACAAUAUUUCAAAACCCCGACGGUAGCAUCUCACCAUGCUAUUAAGGAUGAAGAGAGGUUGAAGAAAGAACAUGAAGGAAAAGAACUAAAAAAGAAGACGGUAGAAGCACAGCUUUGUACCAUAAUAAAGGUUGCACGAGAUGAAGAUCUUGGAGAGCAGAUUGGAAGGGACAUAUAUUUUGAUCUUGUGGAUUUUGACAAAGUCCAGAAUUUCCGUUUUGAAAAGCAGACACCUUUUAAUGUUUUUAAGGAGGAAGUUGCUAAAGUUUUCAGAAUACCUGUGCAAUUUCAACGGUUUUGGCUUUUGGCUAAGCGUGAAAACAAUACAUAUCGCCCAAAGCUACCAUUGACACAUCUCGAUGAAACACGACCUCUAGGAACACUAGUGGAGGUUUCAAAUAAGGCUCAAAAUGUAGAGUUGAAGUUGUUCCUGGAAGUUGAGCGUGGACUGGAAAUUCAGUUUGAGCCCACUGUCAUGUGUGAGUCAAUUGACAAGAAAAUUACAUUCGGAGCUAGUCAGCUUGGAGAUGGUGACAUUAUUUGCUUUCAAAAGUCCCUUCCUGUUGAAAGUGCUGAAAAAUUCCUCUAUCCAGAUGUUCCCUCAUUUUUGGAGUAUUUGCGCAAUCGCCAAGUUGUACACUUUCGGUCUCUGGAAAACCCAAAGGAAGAUGAUUUUUGUCUGGAGAUGAGGAGGUUUCAAAAGUGCUUGGAAUACCUGUGCAAUUUCAACGUUUCUGGGCGUUGGAAUGCUAAGGAAGAUUUCAAAGCCAGUUCAAAAUGCAGAACUGAAAUUGUUCCUGGAAGUAGAGCUUGGACUGUGCUUACAAGCAUUGUCUUUCAGCAUUUCCGCCCAAUUGUUCCACCAGAUAAGACAAGGGAAGAUAUUUUGCUUUUCUUCAAGCACUAUGAUCCUGAGAAAGAAGAGCUACGUUAUGUUGGAAGGCUUUUUGUGAAACUUACUGGAAAGCCAAUAGAAAUCUUGUCAAGAUUAAAUGAAAUGGCAGGCUAUGAUCCAGAUGAAGAGAUUGAUCUUUAUGAGGAAAUUAAGUUUGAGCCCAUUGUCAUGUGCGAACCAAUUGACAAGAAAUCCAUGUUCGAAACUAGUCAGUUAGGAGAUGGUGACAUAAUUUGCUUUCAAAAAUCCCUUCCUGUUGAAAGUGCUGAACAAUUCCCCUAUCCAGAUGUGCCUUCAUUUUUAGAAAGUGUUCAUAAUCGCUCAGUUGUACACUUUCGGUCACUGGAAAAACCAAAGGAAGAUGAUUUUUGUGUGGAGAUGUCAAUGCUUGAUUCUUAUGACAACAUUGUUGAAAAAGUAGCUCAGCAACUUGGUUUGGAUGAUCCAUCCAAAAUCAGGCUUACAGCUCACAACUGUUACUCUCAGCUACCCAAGCCUCGGCCUAUUAAGUAUCGUGGAGUGAAUAGUUUAUCUGAUAUGCUGGUUCACUUCGAUAAGUCAUCUGAUAUUUUGUACUACGAAGUAUUAGACAUUCCUCUUCCAGAAUUACAAAAUUUCAAAACCCCAAAAGUAGCAUCUCACCAUGCUAUUAAGGAUGAAGUGAGUAUGAUGAUGAUAUCCAACACGUUACAGCCUAGUUUUGUGCACCGGGGGAAAGCACCAUAAAAGCACCUACGCCAUUAAUGCACCAGGAAAGAAACAACAAGCAUGCAGAAGCUACUCUGCAGCACCAGUAGGCGGGUGCAAUUUUGUCAAAGUGGCCACUAAAUGGCUAACUCCCAACUGUAUUUUCACUUUUCAUUUAUUGCCUUAUGUUAGGUUUUGCCUUUAAAUAGCUAUAUUCCCUUCGUUGUAUGGAUAAGUUUUAUCAGUUAAUAAAGUUUCAAUUCUCCU